GUCCAUCACCGUGAAUGAAAGAGAAGUUAAGAACGAAAGAUUGGAUCAAGGAGGCAGAGUCAGAUAACUCCCCCAGUGGAUCAUAAAAUCCAUGUAGUUGACGAUCAGUCGCUACAGGUUAGAAUGGCUAGAAUGGCUUUCAAUACUAUUGCUUCUUGCCUAGCUACUGAUUACAAUGAUGUCAAUAAUAAUUCAAUGGUUGCACUUCCUAGGGAUAUCAUGAUAUUGAUCGUAAACAAGUUAGACAAGGUGAGCUUCCAUCGUUUUCGUGCAGUCUGUAGGUCUUGCCUAUGGAUUGCUCUUGCUGUCAAGAACAAAAUUCCAUGGUUUUUCAGUCUCUCCCAUGGCAAACUUUCCAAGUUAGAAUUGCCACCUCAAGCCUAUCGUGCUAAUGAGUGUUGGGGUUCUAGCAAGGGAUGGUUGAUACUGAAACGUAAGCUGGGACGCCCUUUCCUUUUGAAUCCAAUGACUGGGCAACUAAUUUUCCUUCCAUCUAUAGUUACUCUUCCUUAUAGACACAACAUUCCUAAGACUAUAUUAAUGUCGAUGUCGCCUUCUAGUCAUGCUUCUGCUGGUGAUUGUGUGGUCAUGGCGAUUAAUCGACACCGCCACCAAUUUAUAUAUUGUCAACAAAAAUGUUUACCUUCGGGCUAUUUAGCUUUCUGUAGACCAGGGGAUAAGAAUUGGACUGUAUUCAAAAAUAACCAUUUCAUGAUUCAAGACAUUAUUUUCUACCGUGGAAAAGUAUAUGCCAUUACUUGCCGAUUUGAUCUUAUGCUUUUGGAGUUUCGCCCUCAUCUAAAAGUAACAAGUUGUAACAUUGCUCAUCCUCCUCCACCAAAACAAAGAGUCUGGAAGAUUGAUCUUCCAAUAAGAAAAGAAUAUUGCUCUUACACUACUUGGGGGAAUAUGUGCUUUCAUUUGGUGGAAUGUCUUGGAGAGUUGUUGGUUGUUCUAAAAUCUGAUUGCUUAAAUGUGCCAGUUUUCAAGAUAUUCAAGUUAGAUUUGAAGGGACAGUGUUGGAUUAUGGUGAAGUGCUUGGGUGAUGAAAUGCUAUUUAUUGACAAAGUUACUAGCUUCUCUUUCUCAGCAAUUGACUACCCUGGAUUUAAAGGAAACUCCAUAUAUUUCUACCAGCUUGGAUCCUGGUCAGCUGGCAGGCCGGCUGGUUACGAUUUGUGUGCAUUUCACUUGGAAGAUAACAGCAUCUCAACUUAUUCACAUUACUUGUGGUCUCCGCCCAUUUGGGUCACUCCAAUUUCUUAGUAGUAGGGGAGGGGUUUGGUUAAGAUGGGUAUCUAUGUUCCUAAUUUAUGGGGUAUAAUGUAUUUUUUUAUGCUAUAUUAUUUGAAAUGGCUCUCCAUUA